AUGGUUGCCUUCGAUGCAGAGGAGUCCAGUAUGCGGCCUAGACGAAUCGGGUUGAUCUAUUCCCCAACGCCUACCUUGGUGCUUGAGUUUGUUAAACUGAACGGCAGACUAUACCACAGGCGUGUGCCUUUGCCGCGGCUUACCACCACGUCUGACUCGGCUGAAUUGCACAGACUUAUAGAGAAACUCAAAGAUCGAGCCCCUCGCCCAAUUAAUCAGAGAAUCGUAGCUGUGAGCACGUUCGAGACGACAGACUUCAACAAACUAGACAAUGACGAACUCGCUGAAGUGAAGGCUAAAAUGGAUCAAACUUUUAGAGGAAACCAGGUGCGUCCCGAUGACCCUGGCUUCAUCUACGACCUCGAAGUGUCGUUUGAUGGAGGUGCUGGUAUCGACAAGACGAAUGACUGGGAUGAGUGGAGUGAGCAUGAGAAAGUGAUGCUUUAG